AUGGCCGCCAACGUCAACCGCCCCGUCGUGAAGGAGCAGAAGGACGCAGAUGUCAACCGAAAGCUCCAGAUUUACGGUAUCAUCUCUGCCUUUAAGAAUGGCAAGGUUCCAUCGAAUGACCAAAUCGACGUAGCUCUCAACAGCUUCUUGGAAUCGCAAGCUCUGUCCAAGCCCUCAGAGAAGCUUUCCGCAGAUGGCAAGCUCCUUGUCCAGGAUCUCAAGGAGGUUGUGCAGCAGUCCAAGAACCUCAUACUGUCCAAGAAUCAAGGAGACCUGAUUCAGGACUUUAUUUGGCAAACCACCCAGUAUGAAUACAAGAGUAUCACUGCUCCUGGCGCUCCAGUUGAUAAGGACACUGCCAAGCGAGAUGGAGACGAGGCUCUCAAGGGGUUGAGGACUCUUGGAACCCUCAUUAUCACCAACGGCCAAUUCCGAAAGCUGCUCAAGGACUUCUCUAUUCUUGUUCGCGAUAUUGCGGGAGACGCAGCCAGCAAUGCCGCCAACAAGGUCCGCCCUUCGGAAGAACAAUUGGGUCAGCUUGAUGAGGCCGCCCCGGACAACACCUGGCAUGAGAAGCCCGACCUGAGCAAGAACAAUCUUAAGAAGCAAGCUCAGAACAUCUAUGGCGGAAAUGCUAAGAAGGAUGCCAAGGAUGUCGCUCAAGCCGGCAUCCAGGCCUCUGGGAUUCAGCAAUCCAACAUUCAGCAAUCCAACAUUCCGCAGUCCAACAUCCCGCAGUCCAACAUCCCGCAGUCCAACAUCCCGCAAUCUAGCAUCCCGCAAUCUAGCAUCCCGCAAUCUAGUAUCCCGCAGUCCAACAUCCCGCAAUCCAACAUCCCGCAAUCCAACAUCCCGCAAUCCAACAUCCCGCAAUCCAACAUCCCGCAAUCCAACGCUGCUGCUGGAGUCGAUAGGCAGGCUGCUCAGUCCGCCGUUAGGCAGGUCGCCGAAGAUAAGGUUGACCAGAAUGUUGAUGACGAGACCAAGCAAAAGGUCAAGGAGCGUAAUGCGGAGUAUCGUCGACGGGCUCGAUCUUACUUUGAUAAGAAAAUGCCCAAGGAGCGUAAGGAUCAGAUCAUCUUCAGGCUCAAGAAGAUGAUUCUGGAGUGUCAGCAACACACCGAUUACAUGGAGGCGAUUCAAACCCUGCUCCGCCUAGCUGAGAACUACGGCAGGCAUGGGCGCACAUUUGGAUCCGGCUCGGCUUCCACUGCCAAGGAGACUAGGUCUGGCUUUGCCGCUGCUGAGGCUGACCUCCGUACCAUCAUCGAGCGUUUUGCCAAUGGUACUUCCACUGAGGAUCUCUGGGCAUCGAUCGCUCAGAUCUACAAGGAUGCUGAACAUGACGAAGAGCUUCGCAACUGGUUCAAGACUGUGGACGCCUACGUGCGACGUUGUCUCCUCGAGCAAGGGUACAUCCUGGAGGAGGAGUCAACCGUUGCGUGGGACCGCCUCUACGACCAGGGCAGAUACCUGCUUCGCGAGAAGUAUCGAAGCCACACCGACCGAGUCCUCGAUGAAAUCAAGUUUGUCGCCAACCAAUUCGACGAGGAUGCUCAGAACAAGGCUUUUGCUAAGUCUGUGGAGAAGUUAUUCCACGACCUGGGCAAUGAUGAGUUUGGAAAGGCUGUCUUCAAGCCUCAUCUUCUCAAGGAUUUGACCGAGGUUAUCAUCCCAGCCGUCUUGGAGAAGAUUGCGUACGUUCCCAUCCCGCGCAUCGAGUACUCUGAUCCCAAGAUCGACGCUGUCAUUGAAAACCUCGUUUUGGAGAGCGACAACUUCAUGCCCAAUAUCUUUGAGAUCGCGAGCGAGAAUUAUGUGCGAUUGGGACGUAAGAAGUUCAGCAAUAAGCACAAGCAUAAUAUCGAAGUCAAGGCAUCCGGCAUCCAGAUGGAUUUGCGUGAUGUUGGUUUCCACAUCAAGCGCAAGCAGGGCUUCCCAAGCAUUACCGAUACCGGUGUAGCCGAUAUUAUACUCCCUGGUGACGGUUUCUCGUUCAAAUUGAAGAUCUCGUCGGCCGAUAAGAGUGACAAGCAGCAUUUCUUCAAGAUUGACAAAGUCGAUGUCGAUUUUAAGGAUCUAAAGCUGAAGGUCAUCAAGUCCAACCACAAGCUUCUUCUCACCCUGUUCAAGCCUCUUGCCCUCAGGGCCAUUCGACCUGUGUUGCAGAAGGUUGUAGAAGCAGCUAUCAAGCAGCAAUUUGAUCGACUUGAUGCCGUCUUCCAUGAUGUGAAGCUGGAGGUUGAUAAUAUGGUGACUGAAGCCAAGGGAGACCCUGAGAAUGCUCCUAAUAUCUACAAGCGAUACUCGACCGCCUUCCAGAAGCGUCUUACGCAACACAAGGAGAAGGCUAAGGAGAAGGCUAAAAAGGCCACCGCAGACAAGAAGUUCAACAUCGCCAUUACAAAGGAGGACAGCAUUUUCCCCAAUGUCGAUUUGCCGGGUGGAAUCAGCUCCAAGGCUACUGAGUACAGAGAGCUGGCUCGCAAGGGUGAAAAAUGGGAAAGCCCAGUGUUCUCGAUUGGCAACGCAAAGCACAGCACCGGCCUUCCUAGUGCUCCAAAGAUUGAACGCAAGGCUCACCCAGCCACAAACGGUCAUACCAACGGCCACACCAAUGGCGCAACUCACACUAAUGGUGCAACCAAUGGCCACACGAACGGGGCAGGCAACAUUCCUCGCAACGCCAACUAUAAUGGGGGCGGCUCUUACAAGCCAACUACCACCGAGUUCCUCCCACAGGUUGCUUCCCAGGCUGCCCCAACCCAGGCCUACCCAACCCAGGCCUAUCCAACCCAGGCUGCUCCGACCCAGGCUUAUCCCACCCAGGCCGCCCCAGCUCUUCAAAACUAUUAG